AUGGCCCCCUGCCCGCGGCGGCUGCUUCCGCUGCUGCUGCUGCUGCUGCUGCUGCUGCUGUUGCUCGGGGGCCCUGCUGCACGCCCCGCCCCGCCCAGGGCCACCCGGCACUCGGACGGGACUUUCACCAGUGAGCUCAGCCGCCUGCGGGACAACGCCAGGCUGCAGCGCCUGCUGCAGGGCCUGGUAGGCAAGCGCAGGCCUGAUUCUGAUUUGGGGGGACAGCGAGCAGGACCUAGAGAACUGCACUACCAGGUCCAAGCCUGUGGACGGCCCCCUGUGCCUGCUGUGGCUGGACGUGCGUACUUCACAGGCCUGCCUGGCCUGACCGGCCUGCGGGAACCCCCUUGGUGGAGCCGUCAUCAGGGCCAUAAAGUGGGUGGCACCUGCCAGGUCAAAGUUCGUCUCUGA